ACAAGUGCGCUGUACAGGACACAAUUGGACUGAACUUUAUUAUACGACCAGGAACGAAGCUUAUGGAUUGAACAUAUUCAGAAUUUAGUUAUAUUGUUUAGAUAUAUUUAUUGAUGCUAUCAACAAACAGAUAUGUGUAGUCACAGUUCUGACAAAAAAUACCGUAUUGUGGUGAUGGGUUCUGCAGAGGUUGGCAAGAGCUCGGUGGUACAACGUCUACUCAAUCGUGAAUAUAGCGAUGGAUAUAUACCUACUGUAGAAGCUCUGUAUCCGUUGACAGAAGAAAAACCAACAAAUUGUGAACAAAUUUCCAUUGAAAUUCUUGAUACUGCUGGCGCUUACAACUUCCCAGAUAUGCAACGUAUCUACAUAAGUUCUGCAAAUGUUAUCCUGUUAGUAUUCUCUGCAGAUAAUUAUGACUCUUUUAAAGAGGUUUUAAGACUCAUAGAAGUCAUAGGAAAGCAAAUAGGGAACAAGAUGAUGGACAUUCAUAUACUAGCUGUCAGUGCCAAGUCUGAUAUCGAUCCGUAUCGGCACAAAAUAACAUUAGCCGAAGCAGAAUUAGAGUUAAUGCAAUGGAAUAUUCCAGUUGUCGAAACAUCAGCAAAAGAAAACACAGGGUUUGAUUUUUUAAGGAGUCUUAUAUCAGCAUAUAUUGGGAAAAUGAAUACGGGUUGCCAUGACAAGCCUAAGCACCGCCUUUCACGGUUACUGUCGAAAAUAACGAAAUCAAAAAGCGCUGACGAAGAUGAAGAAUCGGUGUAAAUCAGGGGGAAGGGGUGGUUUCAACCGUUUCCUCUGGAUCCGCCCUUGUAAAUAAUGCUGUCGACUGAAUAUAAAAGUAUGUCACUGCUUCGUACGUACAGACUUAAUGACGCUUCGUCUCUCUGUGCUCAUCGUCCAACAAGAAGUAGGCCUCUGUUUAAUAA